AGUGUCGAUCGGAGGUUCGCCACCUGGCGAUGCGAGUUUUCUGAGUUGUGAGGCGUCUCCAGGUGUCAGUCUCAUCCAGCUGCUGUCCCACCUCGUUAACCCACGCUCCCUCUCCCUCUCUCUCUCUCUCUCCCCCUCUCUCUCCACACACACAGAUCUCACUCACACCGCCAUGUGUGACUCUCAGUGCUGAGGACGGGAUGUCCGCUCUGUGAACACGGCGACUGACUGGAUGGAUUCUAGGGCGCGCAGGAAUAACGCAGUGAACUGACAGCAGGAUCGGUGUUGUUGCUCGCUUUCUUUUUGCCCGGAGUUUUCUUUAACCAUCUCUGGAAUAGUUACGCACACUGGUGGGAACGUGGAAGAUUUAUUCCUCAGGCCCUGAGCACCUGCUAUGUGUCUGGUGUGGAAAAUACCUGGUGGAAGGUGUUCAGCGGGAUCCAGCCUGGGAGGACAGGACAUCUGUAACUGAUAAAGCUCCGUUUCGUUUCUUUUUUUCCUUCCACCAUUUUUUUCUAAUUUGUGCGUAAUGUACGUGGAAUGAAAAUAGAGGAUGGAUAUAAUCUGGGAAAUACUGCUCAUUCUUCAAGCCAAUUUCAUUGUCUGCAUAUCAGCACAGCCGAAUCCACCGAAGAUUCACGAAGGAUGGUGGGCGUACAAGGAGGUGGUGCAGGGGAGCUUUGUUCCAGUGCCAUCGUUCUGGGGACUGGUAAACUCGGCCUGGAACCUGUGCUCGGUGGGGAAGAGGCAGUCCCCAGUCAACAUCGAGACCAGCCACAUGAUCUUUGACCCCUUCCUCACGCCAAUCAAGCUGAACACAGGCGGCCGCAAGGUGGGAGGGACGAUGUACAACACGGGCCGCCAUGUCUCUCUGCGACUGGACAAGGAGCAUCUGGUUAACAUCUCUGGGGGGCCGAUGACAUACAGCCAUCGCCUGGAGGAGAUCCGGCUACACUUUGGCAGUGAGGAUGGUCAGGGCUCUGAACACCUGCUGAAUGGACAAGCCUUCUCUGGAGAGGUUCAACUGAUCCACUACAAUCAUGAGCUCUACACAAACUAUACAGAAGCUGCUAAAAGCCCCAAUGGACUUGUCAUAGUGUCCAUAUUCAUGAAGAUUGCUGAGACAUCGAACUCAUUCCUGAAUCGAAUGCUGAACAGAGACACCAUCACAAGAAUAACAUAUAAAAAUGAUGCGUAUCUACUGACUGGCCUGAACAUAGAGGAGAUUUACCCAGAGACAAGUAGUUUCAUCACAUACGAUGGAUCGAUGACCAUCCCUCCGUGCUAUGAGACCGUCACAUGGAUCCUGAUGAACAAGCCUGUGUAUCUCACACGUAUGCAGAUGCACUCUCUGCGCCUGCUGAGUCAGAACCAGCCAUCGCAGAUUUUCCUUAGCAUGAGCGACAACGUUCGCCCGGUCCAGCCGCUGAACAACCGCUGCAUCCGCACCAACAUCAACUUCCGCAUGCAGGGCAAGGACUGCCCCAACAACCGGGCCCAGAAGCUCCAAUACCGAGUGAACGAGUGGUUGCUAAAGUAGCCUCCCUUGGAUGAGCAUGGAAACGAGUGUCAGAGAUGGAGAGCGGGAGCGGGAUGAGGCUAAGGGAAGGAGGGGAGGACGGAGGAGGUGAACCCUGGUUUGAGGCUGCAUCUCAUCUAAGAUUAUUUCAUGGCAUUGUAUAAAGACAAACAACACCAGACAUUAUCUGAAUUAAGGGACUUUGCAUUGCGAGCAAAGAGACUUCUCUUUUCAUACAUACAGAACUGUUUGAACCCUCGAUCUAACACAUGCUAACAAGUCCUUUCCCCCACUGUACGACUAUAUCUAUACGGACAUUUUGAUACCAAUACUUUUUUGGGAGAAAACAAAAAGAGACACUUGGAAAGAAACUUAAAAAAAAAUGUUGAAGCAUUUAUUUGAUAGCCUCCCAACCGCUAGGAGAACGUUGGGACUUUAAAGCCUUUGUACAUAAAGUUGUUGCUAUCAACAGGAAAAUCCAAGGACUAAGUCACUGCCCCCACCCUGCCGGUCAAGACCUAAAAGUGAAGUCACCCUGAUCCACACGGACGUUUCAUUACAGUCACGAACAAGGCAUGCAGUCAGCGAAACCAACAGAGAGGGAACACCGCCUUACCUUGUCAUUUUCCAAAACUAGAGUCAUGUCAUGGGAGACGAGUAAAUAUUUACGGGCUUUCUUACGGCCUCAGAGCAACCAGUGUCUUGGCCUCGUUUGUACAUAUUAUAAUUAUCAAUACUGCAGAAAAAUCAAUAUGUAAAGAUACGUAAUGAAUUAACAUUGAAAAGAUAUAUUAAGAGGAGUUGAGAAUUUUAAAAAGCUUGGCGCACUUUGAAUUCUGGAACAGCUCUCAGUCUGAGCUGAUGCCUUUUUUCUGUUUUAUUGUUUACAAUGGUCAUACACUGUGUUUGAGUAAUGUUAUCAGCCCAAUAAAUGUGUCUGAAAAGUUCACUUUGGAAAAUGCUUCACUAUAUGAGGAUCU